UAUUCUAUAAGUAUGAAACAGUAUUACAAAAAUCAUUUUAGCAAUUAUAAAGAUAUUCUCAGUCAGCCUGCGGAAGACUUAUCUCAUCGCCAAAGACUGCUUUGGCUUCAAAAGCGACGUACUAAAGGUCUUUGGGUGCAAUGUGACGACUGCAAUAAAUGGAGACAUCUGGCUCAUGUUCUUGAUAAACAUGAAUUGCCCAGCAAAUGGUAUUGUGGUAUGAACCAAGACAAAUCCAUAGCUUCCUGCACAGCACCAGAAGUACCUCUCCGUAUUCACGAUGAGGAAGAUCUCAUCCACAGCGAGUAUGCAGCGGGUUCUUUAGUGUUAGCUCGUAUGGCUGGCUGGCCGUGGUGGCCGGCCAUGGUCGAUGACUGCCCGGACACCGAACAGUACUACUGGCUUGACGGGUUCUCUGACAUACCCACUCAUUACAAUGUAGUUUUCUUUGACGCAUUCGAAGUAACAAGAGCAUGGAUGAGUCCUAACCAACUUAAACCCUAUACCGAAAAUAAAAAGAUGCUCAAGUCCUUAUUAAGAAGAAAAAAAUUUAACAAACGCUUACAAGUAGCCAUAGAACAGGCAGACGAUGCAGAAAAAUUAUCGCUUUCAGCUCGCCUUAUGAAGUACAGUUUUAUAGGAAGGUACAAAGGAAUAAUAGCUAGUCCGAAGAAAAUAAACAAAAACGUAAUGAAAAAAUAUCAAGAUCGUUUUAAGAAAAAAUUCAAUGUAGAGCUUCCAAGUGAAUCUGAUUCUGACGAUGAAAUGAAUAGUAAAGAAACAAACAAUAAAAAGAAAAAUAUGGUAAUAUUAGGAAAGAAAAGUUGUAGUGAUUACAAUGAUAGAAAUGCAGUAAGUGAUGGAAAAGAAACGUCGUUACUCGUAGAAGUAGACACUAAUUCAGAAUUGACGAAAAACGCCCUCAAUGAAACUUCUUCAAUGAAUCCUGACAAUACGAACCAAACCAACAUUGUCGAAGAUUCUCAGAAAUCACUCCAACGUGCAGCAUCUACCGCUAGUGACGAUUUUGAUUUCUAGAUGUUUAUGAAACUUAAUAUUAAAAAAUAUUCACACUUUUGCUACUUACUUAAUUUAUUUUAAACAAAGAUACUUUGUUACGAUUAAACGUAUUUUAAUUUCUCUAAAA